AUGGCGGCCGGUUCGCUUUUACUCUGCCUGUUAUGGAUAGCCUUAAAAGUAACACAGGGCUACUUUUUCGAGCCUGGCUAUACACAUCACUACACCUACUCCUCCACCACAGACACCCUGGGGAUGCAUAACAUCACCACUGUCAUACGGUUUCAAAUUCGAGAUGUCAACCAUACCGGCAGUCACUCCCUGUACGAGCUGAAAGUGGACUCAUUUACCCAACACUCACAAAGAGGCUACUAUGCUGAUAAUCCCAUGAAGUGGAACCUGAGUAGACAUUUUCUGUUUGAACUGGGAGAGACGGGACUGGUUCAUUUUGUGCAUUACCACCCAGAGGAUAAAGAGGAGGUCAUCACAUUGAAGAAGGCAGUAGUCGGUACUAUCUCAGCUCACUUUCAGGUUUCAGGAAAGGAUAGAUGGACAUACACCUCAAACGAAUUAGAUCACGGAGGACAUCUGUUGCAUACAUAUGAAGGCCAGAAAAUGUCUGACGGCCACGUGUUAACCAGAUACCACUAUAGCGAUGCCAAUGUCAUCCGAACACACAGAAAGGUCCUGCAUUACAACACUAACGGUAUGAUACACAGAAUACAUCUGGUGGACAACAUAACAACAUACAACACGAAGGAUUCUACAGUCCAUAAUGGACUGCAUGACAAUGGAGCUAUAAAGAUAUAUUCUUCUGGAGAAUUUCCAACCAUCCAAACAAUAGGAGAGACACAUGUUACAUUUCAGCAGAAAAAGUAA